AUGUCUGAUAUGAUAAUUAAUGAUUCAGUUCCAGUUGAUAAAAAAUGGAGCGAACUAAUACGAUAUAAUAUUUUUAUUAUGAAGCUCGUGGAAUUUGGCAUUUCACUUUUUAUCCUGUGCCUUCCGGUGAUAAUUCCAAAACCUCAAGGGCACAUGUACUGCAUUGCCACCGGACCGACAACAGUAAUAUCUAUGUUGUUUGUUAUUUUAUAUUUGCGACAAAAAGUACCUUUAUUUAUGGAAAAAAUGUACCUGGUUUUUCAAAUAUUUUUUACAUUUGGAGCGUUCAUUCAAUGUUUUUUGUUAAAUCUUGUAAUUUCAUUAAUGCUCAUGAUAAUACCAUUUAUCUUGAGCGAUGCCGGCGUUAUGCAUUGCCUGGCAGUGGCACCGACUCUGGUCCUGUCUCUAAUGUUCAUCGUGCUUUACUUAGUGGACCAAGUGCACGUUGUAGCGGAACAAUUAUACCUGUCUCAACAAAUUACUCUAACUGUAGCCGCAUUUGUCUUCGUUCUCUUAGGAAACGAUCCAACGGGAGCGGUAUAUGGCUUGUUUUAUUGCCAUCUUUUAAUCGCCCUAUGUAUAGAUAUAUAUUAUGGAUUUAAAGAAAGAGGCAUGUUGAUUUAG